AUUGCUGAUUCCAAAAUGGUGGAUUCUGGAAGUGUCAAUUCCACAAAAUAGGCUAAAUCAGUUUAAUUGAAAUUAAGUGUGAAUGUAGGGAUGUCUAAAUUAAAAUUUUAGGGUAAAUAACUGCACGCGAAACAAUUACAAUAAGCAGGUGUCAUGGAGACCCUGGGAUUAAAACUAUCUGAAUAUGAGCAACGGCUCUUUGGAGAGCUCUUCAGUUGUUGUGAUGUUGAAAACCAAGGUAGAAUUUCAGGCACUAAAGCCUCUGAGCUAUUUAUAGCCUCUCAACUUCCAACAGAAACAUUGCACCAAAUAACAGAGCUUUGUGGAGCAAAACGGCUUGGGCAUUUUGGUCGUAGUCAAUUUUAUAUAGCUCUGAAACUGAUUGCUGCUGCUCAAGCUGGUCUUCCACUUGUUUCUGAAACAUUCGCCUCAGGGAAAGAUAUUCCUUUGCCAAAGUUCACCAAAACAAAUGAAACCAGUUUGUCAGUGGCACCCACUGAAGGUAGACCAAGUAACUUUAAUCAGCAACUUCCUGGACAGUUGCCUCCCCCCCCAACAAAAGUCUACAGUAGACAGGGAUCUGGUGUGAUACACAGACAAGGAAGUUUGAAAUGUGAUGCUGUAGACUCUAGCCAUGUUGCUGUUUCACAGUCCCAAGGAGUAGUUGUUACAGUAGUUCCAGUGGCAGCAACAGGAAAUUCUGGAAACUCCUCACCAGCAGAAACACCCACUACACCAAAGGCUGCUCAGCAUGGAGACAAAAACUGGACAGCAUUUCACCAUGGUCUUCAUCAAGAUAGUCAUCUUAAUUGGGCUAAUUUUGAAGAGCAUCAUCAGCUCUUGGGAACUGAGGAAGACAGUAGUGAACGACAUUCCAGUGAUGAUGAAGUUGAUGUUUGGACGAUAACUAGUGAACAGAGAGAAUAUUAUACCACACAGUUUCAGUGUAUGCAAACAGAUGUCAAAGGGAAAAUAUCAGGUGCUACAGCAAAAGAAUUUUUUGAAAAGUCCAAAUUACCAGUUCAUGAACUAUCAAAAAUUUGGCAGUUGUCAGACAUAGAUAAAGAUGGAGCUCUAACAUUAGAAGAAUUUUGUACAGCAAUGCAUUUAGUAGUUUUGAGAAGAAACAAUAUUGACCUGCCAGAAACCUUGCCCUCUUCUCUGGUUCCAAGGAUCCCUAAGAAGCCUGCUGAAGAUGGUCAUACAUUCCCAUCUUCUCAGCAGCAGUCACAGCCGGUUCCACAAGCUCAGACUACUACCAGUCCAACAAAAGUUCAGACUCCCCCAGAACCCUUAUCUCCUCAAAGUAAAGAGUGGACCAAGUUUAACGACUCUCCAACAAGUUCAGUCUCCUCUCCUGUUAUGAAACCAGUGAAUUUUGACUUCUCUGCUGCAUCAGUAGAACAGGAUCCUAAAAUACUACAUCCAGUUGCUCUUAGACUUUCUCCUGAUGGUCAACCUAUUCCUUACAAUUCAGAUCAGGAAAAGCAAAGUAACCAUUUAGAAAGUGGUGAUGCAAAAAUAACUCUAUCAACUGCUCAGGUAAUCCACAGACCAACACCAAGAAAGACAUCAGGUCAAGGCUCAGGAGUUAUUCCUCCCCCUCCAAAGCCUACAGUUACACAGUCCACUUCAGGUGACAUGCCAACAACAGCAGCAUCUGAUAUCACUGGACAACCGUCCACAACUAGACGAAGUUCAUUCUCCGGUACUACGAGCCAGGGAACCAGUCAAGGCCCACCUUUACUUCCACAGGGACCCAAAAAAGAACCACCACCACCUCCUCCACCUCGGCCCCGCAGCAAUCAUGCUCGCAGUUCAUCCUUAGACCUGAAUAAGUUUGGAAAGACAAUGCCACACAUUCUGGGUGUUCCUCCUGCAGUUCCCCCAAGAGCAUCUCCUAGUACAGCAGCCCCAAGGAAAGUUGGAUCUCAGGAUGAUAAUCACACUAAUUUAGGUGAUAAUGAAGAAUUUGCAGAUUUCUCACAGUUUGUGGAAACAAGAACGGAAGUCACAACUCAUGUAAACCAUGUUUCGGUGAAGUCAGGUGCUUUUGAAGUUUAUAAGAAAACUCCUGAGUCAACCACAGGAGACAUUGUGUCCAGUGCAUCAGCAGAAAUUGUUUCAAGUCCCUUGGCUCCAACAGAUGACACUAUGGCUCUUUUGGUAGACAUUAACCAGUCAGAUGAAACAGCAGAACGGAAACGCCAUCCUUCUGCCCCUCCUCUUGCAUUAGCUGCUACUGAAAUUAAGUCAGUGCCCCGUGAUAAACGAGAUCUUCAGUUAGCUUUGAGGGCUCAUCGGGAACGCAACAUGUUGCUGUCUCGACUGAACAGUGAACUUAAUCAAGAACUAUCUGAAGUGAUGGAAGAAAGAAUAGCU